AUGCUGCAGAAAGAACUAAUAUUCUGUUUAAUCUUGUUGCCGAAGCAAACACCGCAAGAUGCAAAUAACAAUAGUAUGAUUUCAAGUAGUCUUUCUUUGUUGAUGAGGCUAUCAGAAAUGCAGUUCAAGGCGCCUUGGUCACUUCAAAUUUCCACCCAUGUUGCUGUCGUUCUUCUCUUAUGCUUCAAUCUUACAAGUCCUUUCUUUCUUGGUUCAGCAGCCUUGGCAAUUAAUGGAAAUGAAACAGAUCAACAGGGUUUGCUCCAGUUUAAGGCCAAGAUAACUGGUGAUCAGCUUGGGAUUAUGCGUUCGUGGAACAACAACGUCCAUUUUUGCCAAUGGCGUGGUGUUAAAUGCGGACGACUACAUCAGAGAGUUACCAGGUUGGACUUGCCAGCACUGAAACUAAUGGGACCAAUAUCACCUUAUGUUGGAAACUUGAGCUUUCUACGGGUAUUAAGUCUUCGCAACAACGGCUUCAUUCAAGAACUUCCUCAAGAAAUCGGCCGUUUACAUAGAUUGGAAGAACUAAAUCUUCAUAGAAACCUCAUAGUUGGUGAAAUUCCUUCCAAUAUAUCUGGUUGUUUGAAGCUCAAACAUCUUUACAUUGAACACAAUCUGCUAGUUGGAGAAAUACCUGCUGCACUUGGCCACUUGUCAAACCUGAAGGAAUUAAGCUUUAGCAACAACACAUUAAGAGGGAGUAUCCCUCCUUUUUUAGGGAACUUGUCAUCUCUGGAGAUAAUCUAUCUGCCUCUAAAUAGGUUGUCUGGGAUUAUCCCUGAAGCUCUUGGGCAACUGAAGAAUCUUACCACUUUUGCCGCGGCAAUUAAUAAAUUGUCUGGUAUGGUUCCGUCCUCACUUUUUAAUCUCUCUAAUGUCACAAAACCUGAUAUUGGGGAAAAUAACUUUCAUGGAAGUCGUCCCUCACAAUUGGGAGUCAACAAGCCAUAUCUUGAACUGUUUUCUGAUAGCCAGAACCAACUGAGUGGACUAUUCCCUCCUUCAAUAACAAAUGCCUCUAACCUCAUCAAUCUUCAGGUUUAUGGAAACAAAUUUACUGGAAAGAUAGCUUCAUUCCGAAAGCUAGAAAAAUUGCAAAGAUUGAAUGUUGCUGACAAUCUUCUUGGUAGUGAGGGAGCAAAUGACUUAAACUUCCUCUGCUCUUUAACUGGUGCCACCAGCUUGGAAUAUGUAAAAAUCAGUUACAACAGCUUUGGAGGGAUAUUACCUGAGUGCAUAAGCAAUUUGUCAACUGCUAUCACCUUUUUUGCUAUGCAAGACAAUAACAUAGUCGGGACAAUACCAGCAGGAUUUGGAAAUCGAAUCGACUUGGAGGUGCUGGAGGCAGGAGGAAAUCAAUUAUCAGGUACCAUUCCAUCUGUGAUUGGCAGGCUUCAAAAGCUAAAAUUAUUUGCUGUAAACAUUAAUUCCAUCUCUGGAUCCGUCCCCACUUCAUUAGGAAAUUUAAAGAUGUUGAUCGAGUUGUAUCUAAAUGACAACAAUCUUCAAGGCGAAAUUCCUCCAUGA